GCUUAUGUGUCAUAUAUCGUACAUAAAUUAGAAGUUUAAAUUUGAAAAAUAUAUGCAUGCGAUAAAUUAAUGUUUCUAGCCCAGGUUAUAAUAAUAGUCUUAUGUUACGGAGGCUGCGCCAUUCCAUUAAAUUAUUGCAUACAACUUUUCACGAGAAAACCGGAAAAUGUCUAUCUGGUUGUGAUACUGAUUAACAUCAUAGUCGUAUUAUUGGUGAACGGCUCUAUCGUAUUUCCAUUGAUGUUUCGCAUAUUCAGCAGCACCGGAAGAUACAUAUUCGAAACUCUUGUACAUAUAUUUCCACCAUAUAUAUUAGCUUGCGCUUUAAGCAAUUGUAUCAUGUUAAAUUUAUUUAAUAGACAGUGCAGCUAUUCCAAUGUAUGCGACACGGAAUUUUAUAUUGAAGAUCCUUGCUGUCAAAAUUGCAACGAUAAAUUUUGUUACAAGCAAUUGAGUGUAAUGCUAAUCAAACAAUCUGGCGCUGAAUAUUAUCACUCGGUCACAGAUGAUUUACUUUUAAUGAUAUCCCAAAUGUUUGCCUUUUUUAUAUUGCUAGAGAUUUUUGAAGAAAAAAAUCGCAGAAAAUGGUAUAGUUAUUCUAAGCCUUCUGUACAAUAUGAUAAUAUCGAGUCCGAAGUUUUGGAAGAAAAAAAGCGUGUCGAUGGAUAUAUAAAACAUUAUGAAGAAACAAAAUUAUUUCCGCCACAAGUUGCUCUGAUUGUCCAAGAUUUGACAAAAGAGUACGCUGGAAAUGCAGUAGUUCAAGGAGUGAAUUUUAGCAUCUGUAAGCAGGAGUGCUUCGGCUUGUUAGGAUUUAAUGGGGCAGGAAAAUCAACAAUAUAUAAAAUGCUAACGGGAGAAACAAAAAUAUCGGCUGGAAAAGCAGUAAUAUACGGAUACGAGUUUACAAGAAAUCAAGAAAUGUUUAUAGGUAUGAUAGGAUACUGUCCACAAAUAAACGGACUAAGUGAUUUUAUGACGGGGAGGCAAUAUUUGCAACUUCAUGCAGCGCUACGCGGUGUUCCAUAUGAAUGCAUCAACGACGAAGUAAACACGUGGUUAGAUGUAUUAGGUAUAAAAAAAUGUGAAACGUAA